AGUUUCUACGAGGAAAGAGAUUUUCAAUUUGUAAAUUAGCUACAACAUCAGAACUAACAACAGUCCAUUUUUUAUUUCACAAUAUCAAAAUAGGAAAAUAGACCACGCCGAGCACUUCUUCUUUUACGCGACAUAGUACAAUAUCUCGAGGAAAUAAAGCCGCUCCUUUGUCCCACCGCCGCAAAAGGUUCUCUUGAGCGUGUCUGAUGUUACUUGAAAUUUGAGUCACGUCCUAAUUUUCUAUUCCCGCCUGUACUAACUUCUAUCAGCCACUAGACUAAACUACGUCUUCAAAAUGGCCGCGGCUUCUUCCCAAGCUGCGACGCGGAGCAUCUACCUGGAUUCCGCUCUCCACGUGGUGAAAGGGGCUUUGGUAUGCGUUGCAAAUAUGUCUGGGUCUGGAAACUUGUAAUGCUAAAAGUGAAUGGUAGACGCACUGCAAUACGCAGCGAUGCAUGACAAAUUUUGUGGCUCCCAUGUCUUACGUAUUCCGCAUGGCAAACUGCGUUUUUGCAUGACAGGUAAGAGGGCUUUUUCGUGCCUAUGCAACACAGAUUCUCGAGUCAUGCCAGACAAGCAUGACAAUGACAAACUUGCACUCUUCCGGACCCAGACAUUUUUGCAUGUGAUAUCUGGUAAAGAUUCUGAAAAUACCGACAGCACGAACGACGCUCACCGUGCAGCACGAGAAACAACCGGCGCAUUCGGGGUCCAUAACGAUCGGCCAAGUGGGGAAAUUCGAGAAAGCUUUGGAGUCGAAAAUUCAGGAGCAAGUAAACGAAAAAGUGGCGGAAAAUGUGCAAUUUCACGUUUUAUGGAUUGCAAAAAUCCCUGGAUGUCUGGAAGAUUGCAACUUGUCAUGGUAAAUCUGAAGCAUGCAAAAAUCGGUGUUGCGUGAGUACCAAAAGGUGUCCACUUUUGAUCAAGUUGGAACGGAGUUUCUCAUGCAGAAUAGGCAUGAUAGGGAUCUCACAGAAUGUCUGUCAUGCUAAGUCCCGCCUUCCAGACCUCAUGGGUCAUGAAAAAUCUGCAUGACAAGUCUACACUCUUCCAGACAUCCAGACAUUUUUGCACUUGAUACGUUUUCAAGAUGGCCAGGAAACACGCGGAGGAACUGUAUUUUUGGAUGGGUUUCUCGAUAGGAGUACGUUUUUCUUAAAUUUGUCAUGCCAGGAAAGCAGUGCUGGUUUGCAUGUGGAAUUCCCUGUCCGCAUGACAGAUGACAUCAGAAAGUUCCAACCCAAAUAACUCGCAGGUACGGUGAGACGAUGUACGACCAAUUUAAGGUCCCAGACACCGUUCAGGAGCUCCGGCUAGUGAGGUUACCAAGCUGGAAUUUGAACUGCCAAAUCAAUCCGGUGUUGGAAUCAACCAUUUUGCUCGGGAAGGUGGAGUAUGCAGUGCAAAAGCAUCGUACUCGUUGUACUAAUUGCGUUUUUGCAUUACAAAUCCCUUUCUCAAGGUAAAUCAGCAUUACAAAAAAUUUCAUUCAUAAUGCUGGGCCGCUAACUUGUAAUGCAUUUUCCACUAGUACGAUGCUUUUGCAUUGCAUAUGGAGCUCACGAAAUUCACCUUCAACGCGGAGAAGCAAACUUUGAAGGUCACGGUGCAGUGCACGCCGGUGGAGGGGGAAAAAGGUAUUUUUUCGUAAAUAAACCAGGAGAAUGAAAUUGAAAUUGAGAUUGGAAUACAGGUGUUGCUGAACAUGAGAUGUUGAGGAGAGCAGGUGGUUUCUCCACUUUGCUGUCCUGCGAAUUUUUAUAUAUCGAGCUACACAUGAUCUAAGGACAAUGGUUUUGUUUGUCAAUGAAAGUAGACCACGGUCACGCAGUAGAACAAGAGGCAAGAAACAAUUAGGAUGAAAUAUAUAUACCAUCCUCAGCCACGCAAGCGGAGGAGCGGCCCCUGUACCCGCCCCAAGCGGAGUGUGAGCCGGCGGAUGAGUCACAUACUACAAUGAAAAAUGCCCCCGGAAUUGGCAAAAGUUUGUCAUGCAAUAUUUCCAAAUGACAGCUUUUUGUCUUGCAUGAAAGGAUUGCGAGCCUUUCUCAUUGCAGCAUCUAGGCACGCAAGGCGUCUUUUGCAUGAGAGAUCCGGCUGCUGUUGGGCUUCUCUGCAACACAAAUUUGAGCUAUAUUCAGCAUGAAAAAUUAUCUGUGAGGCUGAGAUAUGCAAGACGGGGAAUGUUUCUAUUGGAAAGGUUUGCAAUACAAAUGCUGCCAAGUUCUGGGGGGGGCAUUUUUCAUUGUAAUAUCACAAGUUAUCAACCCGGUGGACGUGCAGGCCGAUGCGGGGAUUGAUUACGAUAAACUCGUCCGCGACUUUGGGUGCAGCAAGAUCGACGCGAGCUUGAUCCAACGGAUAGAAAGAAUCACGGGGAAGCGCGCGCACCGGUUUUUGCGCCGAUAUCAGAAUGAAAAAUGCCCCCACCCCCGAACCUGAAAGCAUUUGUAUUGCAAACCUUUCCAAAUGAAACAUUCGCCCUCUUGCACCUAUCAGCAUCACAGGUUUCCAAUCGUGAAUAGCGAAAAUUUGUAUUGCAAAAGACCCCAGCAAGAGCGGCGCUUGUCAUGCAAGCGAUGCGAUACACGCCUAGACUCUGCAUCAGAAAGAUUCAUACUCCUUUCAUGCAUGACAAAAAGUUUUCAAUUGGAAACUUCGCAUCACAAAUUUUUGCAAUUUGAGGGGUGGGGGGCACUUUUCACUGUAAUAGCCGAGGGUUGUUUUUCACGCACCGGGACCUGGAUAUUUUGCUGGAUCAGGUCGAGUAUCAAAUGCGAAAAUGUCUGGGUCUAGGUUUGUCAUGCAGGUUUUCCAUGACGCUGACGCACGCGGUCUGGCAUGCACGGCCUAGCAUGACAGGUUCUGUGAGAUCUCUAUCAUGCCUUUCCUGCCUGAGAAACUGCCUCUAAACUUGUUCAAAAGUGGACCUCUCUUGGUAAUCAUGCAACACAAAUUUUUCUACGAUCCAGAUGUAGCAUGACAAGUUACACUCUUCCAGACCCAGACAUAUUUGCAAUGCAUAUCGAAAAGGGCGUGCCGUUCUACCUCUACACCGGACGGGGCGCGAGCAGCGAGUCACUGCAUAUAGGUAUAAACAAUAUCAUGGGACAGAUUUUGAAUUUUUCGUUGCAUUUCUUUUAAUACUCCGAAGUGAAAAUAGUGUCGACCAGAAAGCAAAGUAAAUUGCCGCCUGCGGAGAUGUCGAGGAAAUCGCUCUUCUGCAGAGAUCAUGUAGAUGAUUUUUCAUGCACAAGAACACUACACACGACGUUAUUUGUAUUUCCUCGGAAAAAGUACUCAUCGCCCCCUUGUGAAGUAGAUCCAUUUUCUGCUGCACAAUCAACUCCACAGGUCACCUGGUGCCCUUUUUUUUCACUAAGUGGCUCCAGGACACGUUCGACGUUCCAUUUAUGGGAGUGUCAGAACCGAAAUCAACAAAGUUGAAAAACUUGUAAUGCGUAAAAUGCAAGCCACCAAAUGCCUGCCUUGCAGAGUAGGCAAGCGAGGCAGAUAGUAAGCCUGUUGACGGGUAAAAAGUCAGCUGCUAAAGUAGCAUGGCAAGCGGCGGCUUCCUUACCCAAACAGCAUGACAAACUAAAUUUAGGCUCUACCCAAAUUUGUCGUGCGCCACUUGAUAAGUGGGUGCCAUCUGGUAUCGGUUUUAUGCAUCGCAAAUUACUUCAACUUUGUAAAUUUUGAUCCUGACGCUUCCAUACCAUUGGUGAUUCAGUUAACGGACGACGAGAAGUCCUGGUUUAAGGAAAACAUCUCCGCCGAGGAGGCCCACAAACUCGCCUACGCGAAUAUCAAGGACAUCAUCGCGUGCGGCUUCAACCCGGAAAAAACUUUCAUUUUCACGAACUUUGAUUACAUGGGCACCAUGUACCCGCUAGUUGCGAAAAUCGCGAAGAAAAUCACGUUCAACCAAGCAAAGGGCGCGCUGGGGUUGACCGAUUCCGCGAACAUAGGGAAAUGCUUCUACACCGCGGUGCAGGCCGCGCCGAGUUUUCCCGAGGCCUUUCCGCACAUUUUUGGAGGAAGAACCGACGUGCGGUGUCUGAUCCCCCAGGCGAUUGAUCAAGACCCGUUUUUCAGGGUAUAGCGGUUGAGUGCUACUACAACUUUUUGCUAGUUUUAUAUAUUCACGCAUGAAGUUGUAGACGCUUUUCUUAUGUGGAUUUCUGCACCCUCCCCAAAUUUCGUCUACAACCCGUUGCUGGUGAACAAUAGUAUUCAAUCUAUCAUGCGGAUGCGCCAUAUAAAAAUCUUAAUCUAUCAGGUAACCCGCGACAUUGCGCCCCGGCUAAACCUCCAGAAGCCCGCUUUGAUCCAUUCCAAGUUUUUCCCCGCACUCCAAGGCCACACGACCAAGAUGUCUUCGUCCGCGGAUUAUGCAUUGCAAAAGUAUAAUCGUACUAGUAGAAAUCGCAUUACAAAUUCGGUCAGCAUGACAAAUGAAAUUUGUCAUGCUGUUUUACCUUGGUAUGGAGAUUUGUAAUGCAUGAUUGCGAUUACUACGAGUGCGAUACUUUUGCACAGGAUACGGAUACCCCGUCAACCAUUUUCGUCACCGACUCGGAGAUAUGCAUUGCAAAAGUGUCUGGGUCUGGAACAAAGCAACUUGCCAUGCUGAAUCUAAAUCAUAUCAAAGUCUGUGUUGCGUGAAGAUUACCAAAAGCUGUCCACUUUUGACCGAAUCGCGAGGCAGUUUCUCAUGCAGGAUAUGCAUGAUAGAACUCUCACAGAAUGAUCUGUCGUGCUACGUCCCACAUACCAGACCUCGUGGGCCAUGGAAAACCUGCAUGACAAGUUUGGCAUUCUUUCAGACCCAGACAUUUUUGCAUUUGAUAGGAGAAGCAGAUCAAGGACAAAGUCAUGAAGUACGCCCUUUCCGGCGGGGGCCAGACCCUGGAGGAGCACCGGGAAAAUAUCUCACAGAAAAAUGCAGACAGGUCACAUUUGUAAUGCAAAAAUAAAUAGACAAGAAUAUCUGCAUUGCGUGUCCUGAACAGCAUGCUAUGGGCGAGCCCCUUGAGAGAUCUUUUUGUGAAUUCAUUCUAUGCAUUACAAAUCUGACCUGCCUGAGUUUUUCUGUGGGAUAGAAAAAGGGGCGAACUUAGAUGUGGACGUUCCGUACGAGUACUUGCGGUAUGUGCUGGAGGACGACGAGGAAUUUAAAAAGAUUAUGAAAAGGAAGAAUUCCCACUCCCCAUAUCGAAACGGAAAUCUGUGAUGCAGAUUUGUGGCCACAAAUCAGCUUUGUCAUGCUAGAAGGGAAAAAAUGCGGACUGUAGUGCUGGGUUGCGUGGGACGGCCUUGCAUCUGCAGCAUCACAGGAGGCAGCUGGAAGUAGGAAACAGCAUGACAAACUGCCUCCAAACGAGGCCACAACUGCGGCGCUUGGCCUUGUAGCAAUACACGACGAUUUGUGUACUCAAAUACAGCAUCACAAAUUUCGUUUUCGAUAUUGGGAGGGGGGCUUUUUCCUUUCGAUAAAAAUCGGCGAGGAGUACGGCUCCGGCAGAAUGACGACCGGGGAAGUGAAGAACAAACUCGUUGCCGAGUUGAAAUUGAUCGUGAACGAGCACUACGCAUUGCAAAUAUGUCUGGCUCUGGAAACUUGUGAUGCAAGUCUGGGAAUGUUUGGCGCACUGCAAUACAUAGCCAAGCAUGACAAGUUUUUGCUGCGCUGCUAUGUAAUUCGUUUUCCGCAUGGCAAACUGCGUUGUUGCAUGACAGGGAAGCAGAGGCUUUCUUGCUGCUCACGCACCACAGAUGUAAGAGUCAAGUGAGACAAGCAUGACAAACUGGCAUUCUUCCAGACCCAGACACGUUUGCAUUUGAUAAGCACAGGGAAAGGAGAAAACUCGUCACCGACGAGGUGGUAAGGCAGUUUAUGGACCUAUCAAAAAGAAAAAUCCCCCCACCCCAUAUCAAAGGGAAGUUUCUGAUGCUGGAUUUGCGCACACAAAUCAGGUCUGUCUUGCAGCAGAUGACUGCAGGCCCAUGCCAAGCCUAAGUAGAAGGGUUCUGACGUAGGCGCGUAGCAUGGCAAAUGUGUACUCUGUAGGCCCCAUAGCAUCACAAACCGCCUGCAUAAUGCGGCGGAGUCGCUGGAUUGGCCUUCUUGCAUUACAGAGACGAUUUGUGUCCACAAAUCAGCAUCACAAAUUUUCAGAUGCGUCCCUUUUUGGUACGGGGAGGGGGGAUCUUUCCUCACGAUAGGACCCGUGCAGGGAAACGCUCAAGUACUUCUGAGAAGUUCUUGUGCAGUAGACUCCAGUGCUCUUCUUCUUCACGAGGACCCUUCGAUAAGUACUUACUUACUUUCCCCAAGAAAAAGCAUUGUGAAGUAGAACUUUCCGCCCUCUCAAACCCAAACCCAAGAUAUGAAAACACGCGUCGUGAAGUUGUUACUUGGAACGCGAAAAAAUAAACAAUUACCAUGCAGCCUUCCCCUAGGCGGCAAGGUUGUGU